AAUAUGUUUUAUGAAGCACCUUUUGCACGUCAUUUAGUAUUUUCUUAUCAAUGGGUACAAAGGUGAGAAAAAUGUCUUGAAGAAAUCCUAUUUUGCAUUAAUUUCAAUCUUUUAAGAUUAUUGCUCUUCAUGUGAGAGUCACCCUGCAAAAUUUGGGUUAAAGAGCAUGGGAAGUAAAUCAGAGCUUCAUAAAAAUUCAUAUUUAGCAUAUAAUACGUAAGACAUUUCUGUGAGAGAAAAAAACUGUCUAGAAAAUGACAGUUACACCAACUAUAUCAAAAAGCGUCAGCUUAGCCGAAGAAUCUUACCAAAACAGCGCUACAAUCAAAGUGCCUCAGUUCGAUGCCAACAAAGAAGCACCACAAAACAGCUCAUUCUUUUCACGCUUUACAAAUGUAAUAGGUAUAUUCAGACUAGAACUAACAGCUUUUCUGCUAACAUUCUCAUACGUUCUUCCAAGGAUAACAUCCACGUCAAUGAUUUUAGAAAAAGUAUGCCUAGCACAUUUCAAAUAUCCACAGGAUGUAUGCGAGUCCCUGGAAUACCACAGUGAACUCAAACCAGCAAUUGAGAGAUUGGCGACAAAUUAUCAGCUUGGACAUACUCUUAUCCAGACAGCACCCGCUGCUCUGUUAGCAUGCUUCGUAGGUCCUUGGAGUGAUAACUAUGGACGAAAAUUUCCUGUAUUGCUGGCCUUAUCUGGGUUGGCGCUGGAUUCAAUAGGGUCAGCUGUAGCAGCCCACUACUUGAACUCUCGCGUAGAAUAUUAUUAUAUACCAGCCCUUUUCUCGGGACUUUCUGGGGGUGUGGUGUGUCUUUUAGCGGUGGUCUAUAGCUACGCCUCAGACUUGACUCCAUUCCAUAAGAGAACUAUGAAAUACGCCACACUUGAAAUAUCUUCUGGGUUAGCUAUACCUCUUGGAGCUGCCUCUGGAGGUUGGAUAUAUAAUUUCUUAGGAUACCCAGCUGUGUAUUUGCUGUCAACGGGAGGAGUGGUUGCUACUAUCUUAUGUGUUUUAUUCCUAUUGCCUGAAACCAGAGGAAUGGAUAGAAAAGAAACGUGGCGUGAGAAAAUUUGCGAACUGUUUUCUUGCAAGACUUUCAUGGAGAGUUUCAUUGCAACAGCGAAAAAAAGACCUUUUAAAGGAAGAAGGCAAAUUGUACUUUUGAUCAUUUCAAUGUGCUUCAUCGUCAUAUCAACAAAUUCCACGAGUGAUAUUAACUUCUUAUACGUUCACCAUCAGUUCAACUGGGGAAACACUGAAUAUUCUACAAUAACAGCAAUGUAUUCAGUGAUAGCUCUUGUAUUAUUGGUUAUUAUACUUCCUCUACUUAAAAAAAUUAAAGCAAGUGAUGCACAACUUGGUCUCAUUGGUACAACAUCACUCUUAAUUAAGUUCAUUGGAAUGGGCUUAUCAUUUAAAGAAAUUGUCUUUCAUGCAGCUAACUUACUUGGUUUAUUGUCUGCUUGUGCUCCAUUGGCAGCAAGAUCUAGAAUAUCAAAAGUUGUUUCAAAUGAUGAUAUAGGGAAAGUAUUUUCAUUCGUAGCAACAGCAGAAUCAUUACUUCCCGUCAUGACUACUGUUCUUAUUUCUCAGAUUUUCAACGCAUUUCUCGAAAUAUUUCCUGGAAUGGCGUACAUUGUUCUCGCAAUAUUCCUUGUCAUCCCAUUCAGCGUUUUCAUAUGGUUAACCUGCCUGCCAAAUCUCAGUUACGAAGAAAUACAUGGAAACAACGAACAAAACCGAGAAAUAUGUGUUAAGGUCGAUGCUUAAAAUGAGUUUUCAAAUAUAUCAGUGCAAUAAUAUUUAUAUUCAUUUGUAUGAAACUGUUUAUUGUAUAGAAUAUAAUGAAGCUCUGAAACUUUUAAAUGUUCAAUUUUUGUUAUUUAUUAGUAUUGACAUCAGUAUUUUUUCAUGUAGUCCAUCAUAUUUUUAACUAUGUAUUUUAACAUCAUUAAUAAAAAUAUUUUCUUACUCAA